AUGGUUGUCGAAGCUCUCACCGAAGUGAUUGCCCCGGAAGGCGUCAAGGCAAGGCUCGUUGCAACUAGGGCGUCGGAUAUCACGCUCCCACACGCCGAAAAGACACAUGGGCGGAUUGUCCCUCUCAUCCAUCCGGCUGAAAGCAAAGUGGACUUUGGAGCUGAGGUAUACGGAAUAGAUUUAAACAAGCUGACUGAUGCGGAUUUCGACUUGAUCUCUGGGGCGUUGUACAAGCACAAAGUGCUGAUUUUCAAAGAACAGCCGGAGAUGCUCAAGCCGGAACAACAAUACCUGCUGACUGCGAAUUUUGACCCGGACGAGACGACAGGCGGCUUUGCACAUGGCGCCGAUCCGUUUCUCACGUCGCACAAUGGCGUCAACAUCUACGGUAUUCAGAGCAGACCUGCCAUCCCGGUUCAACCACAAGUGCAUAUAUUGGGACGAGGCGAAGUUCCAAAGGAUCAUUAUCAGUUUCCUCCUGGGUUCAAAGUCAAGGGUAUCGAUCAUCGCGAAUUCCAUCUUCCACCCCACAUCCCCAAAGAAGAACGCGAGAAAGGAGCCAGCAGGUUCUACCAGUGGCAUUGGGAUGGAUCCUUGUACAAUAUCCCGCCUCCACGGGUAGGCUGUUUGUUGGCAGUCAGAACUCCAAAGGGUCCGGAUGUCACUGUCCGCUGGGACGACGGGACCGGGACGGAGAUGAAAAUCCCGCCUGGAGCCACUGCCUAUGUUGCCGGAUCCAGAGCUCUGCAACUCCUCGACGAAGAGACAAGACAGCUCGCGUUUCAUUCUCGGAUCGAGUAUGCGCCCCACGCCUUCAAAUGGAUGUCGACGGCCCACAGCGCCAAACUUGGCCAUAUUUUAGAAACCGAGGGGCUGGAGCUGCCACGCGAGAAGCUCCCACCCAUCGACGAGAGCAAAAUCUGCAUCUAUCCGAUGGUGUGGACGAAUCCGAAGACCGGCGAAAAGUCGUUGCAGGUGCACGGACAAGGCGCGGUCAAGUUGUAUCUCAAAAGCAGUGCUGAUGGAGAAGAAAGAAUUGUCGAUGAUUUAAAGGAAGUGAGGGAAUUCAUGCACAAAAUCAUGCGGCCAGCAAUCUCGCCUGAAAACAUCUAUGCCCAUCCCCACCAAGAGCAAGACGUGGUUCUUUGGUACAACCGGGCAUUGUGGCACAGCAUUACCGAGUUCCCUGAGUCGUACGGACCAAGAAUCAUGCAUCAGUGCAAUAUUGCAGCAUCGGACCACCCGUCAGGUUAG